AUGUUGUGUCUGAUUGUGUACCAGCUUCUGCUUUUCUUGCAUCUCGUGCUAGCUCACGAGGCGUAUCCGAUACAUUAUUUCCUGGAAACGUCGCUCAGCGACGAGGAGAUUGUCAAGCGCGCUGUACAGGACCUACACAAUAUCGAUGCAGCGACCGAUUUAAACGAAUGCUUGACAUGCAAGGCGCGGCUCCAACUAGCCAAGUUCUUAGGAUUAACGCGGCCCGACUUGAUUCCUCAAGUAUUCUCCAUUUGGUGCAUUGAAGCCGAGUAUGAUGAGAUCCAAUGUCAUAUGAACUAUGGGUACCCGAGCGAGGACUAUUCCACCACAGGAAACGACUUUGCCAAAGUGGCUAGUUUGAUGAACCCUUCCGGGUUGGACGGCGACUAUUUCUGCUACUAUCACGAUAGCUCGUGCCAUGUUUUGCCCGAGACUCCAAUGAUCGAUAUGAGCAACAUGUGGCCACCAAAGCCAAGAAACUACCAGCCGCCAGAUGGAAGCGGCGAGGUGUUUCACGUGCUACACAUAAGCGAUAUCAACUUGCAGCUAGACUAUACAGUGUUUUCGGAAGCCAAUUGUACACAGAGCUUGUGCUGCUCGCCACAGUGCCGCAACCAGAAGGCGACUGCGCCGCAUGUCAAUGAAAACGCCAACUCUGGGUACUACGACAGCAGCUACAGCAAGAACCAUUUUGAAAAGGGGAAAUACUUGGAUAUAUCCAAAGUGCGCAAGCCUACAUGGUCGCCUGCACGACAGUUUGGCGAGUACACAUGCGACACGCCAGUUCUCUUGUUGAACAAUACCAUGCAGUGUAUAAGAGACUUGCAUCAAAACCACCUCUCGUUCCAAUUUGCCCUCUUCACCGGCGGUACCGUUGACCAUCUGGACAGAUGCUUUAUGAGCAAAGAAAAAAACAUCAAGUCUCAAGAGACGAGUUACCGGAUCAUGAAACAUUACUUGGACACGGUUGACGUGAUUCCAACGUUUGGCACACGUGACAUUUUCCCUAUGAACCAGCUUCCGCAAAAGAAUCUUAGCGAAAACUCCAAUACUUACCAGUGGCAAUUCGACUUGAUUGCCGACUUGUGGCUGGAACUAGGGUGGGUGGACCACGAUACGGCCAAGCAAAUCAGGUACACCCAAACGGGGUUCUCACUACUCGCCAUGGAGGGCAAACUCAAAAUCAUUUCCCUUAAUAGUAAUGUGUGGAAUGUAAAGAAUUUGUAUGCGUUUUGGAACGUGCUCAAUGUGGACUCGUAUGGAGUUUGGAAGUUUCUUAUCAACGAGUUGCUUGACUCGGAAAGAAACCAUCAAAGAGUCUGGAUAAUAGCGCAUCUUCCGCCGAGCUACCAAUCGAUCCCUUUACCUACCAAGAUAUUCACCAACAUUAUAGAGCGGUUCUCUCCAAGAGUGAUUGCUGCCAUAUUCUUUGGCUAUAUCCAAGUCGAUACCUUUGUCAUCCAGUAUGGAAGCGACGGCACUGACAAAAAGGAGUUGGAGAAUGCUAUCAACCAUGCAUUGAUAGGACCGCUGGUGAGUCCAUUUUCCGGUGUAAACCCCUCGUGGAGGUACUAUGCAGUUGACCUGAAGAGCUUCAGUAUAGUCAACUCGUUCACAUACUAUACGCCUCUAGACAAAUCGUUUCGCAACGAUGGCGCCGAGCCCAACUGGGAGUUUGCGUACUCUGCACGAGACACGUAUGACCCGGAGAUGGCAUGGCCGCUGGAGUGUGGAUUGACCACUGAGUGGUGGCACAAUGUCAGCAGGAAGAUUGCCGAGGUUCCCGAGUUGGAGCUCAUGUACCAGAGAUUGGAAACACGAUGGACGGAUCGGCCUGUUGACACGGAUAGUGUGUGCAAAGUAACGAGUUUCACGGUGGACGCAAGAAAACAGUGCAUGCUCACUGAGGACCAGGAUAACUAUAUCGAGCCAACUGUACAAAAUGAUUAUAUUCCGUAUAUACAUGUGGAUAGGGACGUGGUGGAGUAUGUAGAGAAGGAGGAGGAGGAGGAGAAAGAGCAGCAGCAGCAGCAGCAGCAGCUUGCAAAUGAGUGGGAACAGCAUUAUAUCGAGAAUAACGCCACUAUCAUCACUGCAAAGCCAAUCCCCAAGAGAAAGGGCAAGUCGCUCCACCUAAGUGCACAUCUCUAA